AUGAUUUACUCGUUUUGGAUAUUUGAUAGACACUGUAAUUGUAUUUACAAUAGGGAUUUUGCUCAACAUAAGCCCGCAUCAAAAGAUACUGUGAAUAGGAAUAACGAUAAAGACGAGGCUAAACUUUUGUUCGGUGCAAUAUUCUCCAUGUCAAGGCUAAGUUCGAAGCUAAGCGAUGGAAACGUUCUUCAAAGUUUCAGAACCGGAAAGUACAAAGCACAUCUGAAGGAAACUGCAACUGGUUUGAGGUUCAUUUUAAUAAGCGACUCGAACGUUGGUGAUCUCAGUGGGUUAUUGAAUCAACUAUACUCAGACUUAUAUCUGAAUACAAUAGUGAAGAAUGGCUUAUCUCCAGUUGAUUUCAAAGAGGGGAUGGUCAUCAAGAAUAUGUCGUUUAUCAAUGGCGCUGAUGAAUUAAUUACCCAAAAUGGGGACUUUAUCUAA